UGGUGUGUGUGUGUUUUGACGAUGUCGGAGGAGCGCGCGCGUCGGUUGUCGCAGAUCUUUGACCCUCUGGCGCGGUUCACGGACCAUGCCGUUGCGGGGCAGUCAGCGAGUACCCCGAACAGCCCGCGGCUUCUGCCGAGACGGGCGAGAGAGCCGCCGCCUCCACCGCCUAGACCAAUCGCCCACGGGUCUCGCCUGGACCCUCUGGAGUACGAGCUGGCUGCAGAGCUGGGGUCAAUGAACUGGCAGGAGCGCUGUCUCGAGCUGCAGCUGGAGCUGCACCGCAGCCGGCACCAGGCCACCAGGGUACGGGACAUGCUCCGAGAUAAGCUCUCGGAGCUCGAACAUCGAGUUCUGGAGGCCGAGGGCAGAGCAGAGGAAGCGGAGGACAAGGUCCGCGCCAUGGAGCAGCGGCUGUGCGAGUGGCCAGCGGGCACUGAGGGCGCGCCCAGAGCCAUCUCGAGACUUGAGGGCCAAAUUGAAGAACAGAAGCAGCUGCGACUCCAGGACGCGAAACAAGUGGAAGCGAAAGCGGCCCGUAUCAAGGAGUGGGUAACAAACAAGCUCCGGGAACUAGAACAGCAGAACCAGCUGCUGAGGGAGCAGAAUGACCGUUGCAAUCAGCAACUUGAGCUGUUGAGGAACCACAUUGCUGCUCAGGGGACUAGGAAUUGUGCUCUGCCGUCUAUUACGCCUUCAGAGCCACACUACAGUACUCCGGUGCGGCAUAGAAGGAACCUAUCUAUCGGCACUACCAACAUAGCGAACAACGUCAACGCUGCCACUCCCGCCCUUAACACUAUGAACCGAACCAUGGAUGAACGGACCACUGCUAGCCUGCUGGCUGACGAUUUGGCGGCGGCAGUGGAAAACCUAGUGGUAUUACCGACAACUCCCAAUACAUCGACAGACGGCGACACGACCCACGAUUACGCUGAAAUAUACACGCCUAGCAGAGAACGCACUCCCGCGUGGCAGGGCACAGUGAACGUGAUAGUCCAAGGCAACAGUCGCGCCGGCUCGUCCACCGGCGACAGUUCUGUCUCCGACCAGGUGCAGAGGCCGCCGACACCGCCGCUGCACCGUUUCCCCAGCUGGGAGGCUAAGAUAUACCAGGUGGCAGACGACGGUCUCCAGCAAUCAGUGGAGGAGGAACUGAGCCUGCCGCCCUGCCCCCGACCCAUGCACGAGUCCACCAGCUACCAGGACAUCUCCGUCCCUGUAUAUGCUACUGUUAAAGGGCGCGCUAGUCAAAUCCGGUCAAUGCCGUUUACGGGUGAUUCUUCAGACGACUCCUCAGAUGGCGAAGAGAGUAUGGGCGUUACAGUGCAUAACACACCACAUCACAACCCUGUAUAUGUCGGAACAUCACAAAUGCCAAUCAACAACGUGAACGUAACGAAUCUGCUACCAGCGUCUAUACAACAAACGUCAAACCACGGAUUAGUAUUGAACAACACUGCCAAUGGCCAAUGCAGUUCAUCCGACACCAGUCUCAGUGCAAGUAGCCCGUCGAAGAGUGUGAAGACGAGUUCUAGUCUAAGUCCAGCUAAGAGGUCGAGUAGUGGAUCGCCUAGUAAACAAAGCAAGACUAGAGACACGUCAUUCGAAUCCGGUAUGUCAGAUGAUUACGCGAUACCACCGGACGCGGUAUCCUGUGACAGUAUGGCAUCUCCCUCACUGGCGUCGCUCGGCCGGGCGCCCCCUGUAACAGACUCGCCGCGAAGACACGACGCACUCGAGAAAAGCGGCCAUCUUGCAAAACUUGGCGGGAAACUGAAGACUUGGCGGAAGAGAUGGUUCGUUCUGAAAAACGGCACGCUGUCAUACUGGAAGUCGCAGUCAGAAGUAAACCGCAAGCCUCAAGGGCAGAUAGGUUUGGGUGAAGCUUGCAAGAUAUCCAGGAAUGAGGGAGCGGCGACCUUCGAGAUCUUCACUGGCAGUCGGACUUAUUAUCUGACUGCUGAUAGUAUCGCUACUAUGGAGGAUUGGAUUAGAGUUUUACAGAAUGUCCAAAGGCGGAAUGCGACGAAGCUCCUGCUAAGCAAAGAAGAUAACAAACCGACUAUCCAGGGAUGGCUGACCAAAGUUAAGAAUGGUCACGCGAAAAAGAGUUGGUGUGUGCUUAUCGGAAAAAUGUUCCUUUACUUCAAGACUCCUGGAGACCAGAAUCCAACCGGGCAGAUCAACAUGCGUGAUGCCCGCGUGGAAGACGUGGAACACGUAUCAGAUUCCGACUCAGAGGAGAAGAAUGAUGACACUCGCAACCACCUCACUGUCGCUAUCUAUCCGCAACACCAGGUAACUGGGGGCCCGACGUACCUGCUGUUCGAGAGCAAAGCGGACAAAGACUCGUGGCUGUACCACCUGACAGUGGUCAGCGGUGGCGGCCUCAGUCAGGGCACGCACUUCGAACAACUCGUGCAGAAGCUCAUGGAGACCGACGGAGACCCCAAUUGCGUGCUGUGGAGGCAUCCUACUUUACUGUAUUCCAAGGAAAAUUUAACAUCACCACUGACAUCAUUGAAUUCCGAGGCGCUACAAGCCGAAGCUUUAAAAUUAUUUAAGUGCGUACAACUAUUCAUGUCGGUGGCGGUGGAGCACGCCGGCAUUGACUACCACGUGGUCCUCGCACAGAACGCACUCCAGCAAUGUCUAGAGGUCACAGAACUGCAAGACGAACUGGUCUCCUGCCUCGCCAAACAAACCACCCCCCACACCCAUUCGAAGCAUGGCGUGCAGGUAACACCACUGACGGCCAGACGCAACGCAAAGCUAAACGUAAAAGCCGCCAAGCUUAAGAACCAACUCCUUCUGUGUGCGACACAAUCGCUGUUUACGUGCGACACCGGCGCCUCGUCCGUCGGCGGGGACAGCAAGGGCGACGCGCCACAAAACUCGGCUGGCUCGCCUAGCUCCAUACAGGCGCCUCUUCUCUCAGUGGAUUGCAAGAGCAACCCGCCCACAUAUAGUUUUGUGCAAGGAUGGCAAUUGUUGGCAUUAGCUGUCAGUCUGUUUGUACCGAGGAAUAACAGGCUGCUGUGGUACUUGAAGCUCCAUCUUAGCAGGCAUUCGGAUUCCAAAACGGAAUGCGGCAAGUACGCCGCGUACUGCGCACGUGCGUUGGAGCGUACCAUCCGCAAUGGCGGGCGGGAAGACAAGCCGUCGAGGAUGGAAGUGCUGUCCAUCCUGCUCAAGAACCCAUACCACCACUGCCUGCCACACGCUAUACCUGUGCACAUGCUCAAUAAUACUUACCAGGUGAUAAGUUUCGACGGGUCGACUACUGUGGAGGAGUUCCUAUCGACCCUCAGUACGGAGCUCGGGUGCCGGGAGACGGCGCAUUCGGGCUUCGCUCUGUUCAGUGACGAUCCCAUCGAGAAGGACUUGGAACAUCACAUCAAGCCGGAUAAAAAGCUUUGCGACGUAAUAUCUAAAUGGGAGACGGCGCUAAGAGAGAAGGGUUCCGGAAAGUUCGAGAACUCCCGAGUAAUUCGACUGACAUACAGGAAUAGAUUGUACUUUAAGAACUCCAUCAGAACGGAAACGGAUAAGGAAAGACUGCUGCUGUGCUAUCAAGUUAAUCAGCAAGUGGUAGCGGGUCGUUUCCCAGUGACCAGAGAGCUUGCAGCGGAGCUAGGAGCGCUGAUGGCCCAACUGGACAUGGGCGAUUACUCGACCACCAACACGCAACAUAACCAGCCUCUGGCACAUAGGUUCUACCCGUAUCGAUACAGAGCUGGCUUAAGUAAUGAUGAGUUACGGGACGUGGAAGAGAAACUCCGGUCAAAAUGGAUAGCGCUGAAGGGCCGGAGUACGGCGGACUGCGUGAGAAUCUACCUCAACUGCACCAGGAAGUGGCCUUUCUUCGGUGCUACGCUGUUCCAAGCUAGGAUAAAGCAACCAGACCUAUCGAUGGUGUGGCUGGCGGUGUCUGAGGAUGGUGUGACCGUACUGGAACUGGCGUCGAUGUCGGUCAUCGGUCGCUACGCGCUCAAUUCCAUCGGACUCUUUGGAGGGUUACAGGAUGAUUUGAUGAUGCUCAUCGAUGCUGAAGAUGCGACCAGUCCUGUUCAUAAGAUGCUGAUUAGUCUCAAUAAGCCCAAGAUGGCAGAGCUUACCCACUUAAUAGCGGACUACAAAAACGCGAUCUUACGCCCUGGAGGCACGGGGACGCCCCAGAUGAACUCACUCACGCGCAAUGGCAGCCACAGAUCCAUCCGGAAACCCACCUCCACCCUGCCCCACUCUAGCCCUUCCACUCUGCCACACACGCACCACCUUAGCCAAUCCCACCACACACACCACACUACAGGACACAACACUCUAAAUUCCCACGCCACAACCAUGACCCUAGGUUCAGACAGAAAUGCAACUCUCACACUUAGCUCACACACUUCCACAUUCAACCAACAGGGGGAAGCUAGAGUUCUCUCCCACGGACAACCAGAUAUACUCAAAUCCACCCCCGAUCACCACCGGAGCGAAAAGAAGAGAACCCACACACAAGACAGUGGUGUCGCGUGAUCCAGAAUGUAAAUGAGCUCAGACUCAUUAAGCUGUGCAAGGAUUGUCUCGAGUGUC